AUGAGUAGCACGCUUCUGCAAUACUUUCUUCAGGAUGAUGUGGACAGUUUCAAGCGCCUGCUGGCAAACGUCAGUAAUGCGCCAACUGGCCAGCGUUCGGCGCCAGGCAGCAUCACGCCAAAGAUAGGAAGUCCCUCAUACGGUUCGUCGCCGAGUACCUCGUCGCGCAACCACAAAAAGGUCAUCGGAACCUCGCCAGGUACACCACAUGUCGAUCGCAGUGGAUAUGGGCGAAGCCAUGCGACCCCGUGGUCUCGUACACAAGUGAACGCACGCGAUCAAAACGGACGUACCCUGCUCCAUCAGAUUGCCUCAUCGCCGAAACCGACUGUCAUCGAGUUCGCGAACGCGCUAUUGGAGUUACCGUUCGUUGACAUUUAUGCACAAGACUCGGAGAGUGGAUGGACAGCACUGCAUAGAGCUUUGUACUCUGGGAACAUAGCUGUUGCGCAGGCUUUGAUGCAAAGAGAUCUCCGAAGCGCUACCGAUUUCAGUGCUCCUAGUAGCCUUCACCAUUUGACUGCAAGUCUGAUCAAGAUCAAAGACCGGGAGGGAAACAGUCCCUUUGACGUCUACGGAGCCACUAUUAGUGGCCGUGACAUUAAGCGAACUGACGGAAAGCCACUGGGAGACUUUGUAGGAAAUGACAGUGAUAUCGAGGCCUCGUCUCCCGAAACCUCCGUUUACGGAGGGGAUAGUCCCGAAGAUGGAAUUCUAGCGAGAGCGCAAUUGAAAGCCCGGACAAACCUACAAGGUGAUGAGGUGUUUACUUUUGGCAGUAACAAGAACAUGACUCUUGGUUUGGGAGAUGAGGAUGACCGACAAUUUCCGGAAAGGAUUUCAUUGGAUCGACCCGAUCACCUUCUUCAACGAUUUUUCAUGGAACGAGAAAAGGCCCGCGAGCAUCAGGAACAACGCUCCACCCUGUUUGGUCAAGCUAUAGGCCAUGCUGACAAUCAAGAUAACCUGCCUACUUUGAUCACAUCAAAGCCGUUAUCCGUUCAAGAUGUAUACAUGUCAAAACUACACACAGCGGUCUUGACUAACGAUCCGGAAUCGAAUCUGUAUAUGUCUGGAUUUGGACCUGGUGGCCGACUGGGCACUGGUGAUGAAGCGACCAGAUACCAUUUUGUCUGCAUUGAAACAGGUGGAUUAGCCGGAAAGAAGGUCAUAUCACUUGCUCUUGGGCAAGAUCAUUCCAUCGCUAUUUCCGAACAAGGUGAAGUCUUCACAUGGGGAAGUAACAAAUACGGCCAACUAGGCUAUAAUCUUCCACGAGCCAAUAACAAGAGAGACACACCGAUGCAGAGCACCCCACGACAGGUUUUCAACCCGUUCAAACGCGAAGUCAUACUUGGGGCGGCCGCCUCUGCAAUUCAUUCCGUGGUGUUUAGUUCUUCCGGUCUCUAUACGUUUGGUAAAAAUGAGGGACAACUUGGUCUUGUCGACUCUGAUGCUCGUUCGCUGGAAGUUCAGGUUACCCCUCGCCGUGUAGGAGUGUCUCUCUUCAAUGCACCCAUCCGCAUGGUAUCCGCCAUUGAUAGGGCUACUGCAGUUCUUCUCGAGACUAACGAGACCUGGGUUUUCACGCAUUAUGGCUAUUCGAAGGUCAUUUUCCCACUCGAUUUCAGUUCAUACUUUAUUAAGGAAAGUUUUCUGGCGACCAGGUACGGCAACACAGCAAAUCGUGUCAUCAAGAUCACUGCCGGCGGAAACACUAUCUGUGCGCUAUCCAGCUUCGGAGAAGUCUACAGUGUCCAUGUGAACGGUAAACCCGAUCAUACUUCUAUUGCUUCAUCGACAACAAAUCCCGCCAAAAUACGAAACUCUCUUUCCACACCAGAACGUGUUUGGUCUGUGAGAAAGUCCCAUAUGGCUGCAAAUGAUGUCGAUGUCGGGCAAGAUGGUUCUAUCAUUAUCUGUACGACUUCCGGGUCUGCAUGGAGGAAAGAGAAACGCGCCAAAAUCAAAGCGUCAAACUCCAAAGACUAUAAAUUCGUGCGUAUUGCAGGUCUCUCCAGGGUCACCGCCGUCAGAAGCAAUGCGUAUGGUGCAUUUGCUGCUAUCCAAAAAGACUGCGAUGUAACGAAGGAGCAAGUGACCGUCUCUCCGUCUUCCUUAUGGAACGACUUUUUCCAGCUUUUGCCGGUCAAGUCUCUGGCAGAGAAUGUCGAAACUGAUGUGAAGGGCGACUUGAUUAUUAGACACCAGGUAGCCAAGAUGAAGGUAGCGGUUUCGUCUUCCUCCGAUGUGGAGUCCGAGGUUCGGCGUAUCGUGGAGAGGAGUGACAUGGAAAGGUCUGGGCACCUCAUCUGGUUGAGAACCACGGUAUCCGAUACACGAGUACCCGUUCACGAAUUCAUUCUGGCUGGUCGGAGUCCUGUUAUGCGAACAGCACUAGCUGAGUCUCGGCGAACCCAUCACUUCUCGAUCUCAGACUUCAUAACACUAGGAUUCAACGACGAUGGCAACCAUGAGCUUGUCUUGCAAGGAAUGGAUUUUCUUUCACUUCUGACUCUAGUUGUGUUCCUCUAUACCGAUGAUGUAUUGGACGUGUGGCGUGAUGUCAGACAUGACUCGGUCAAUGCCUAUAGGUAUAGACAAGUUCGAACUGAGGUCAUGCGGAUCGCUACAUAUCUGGAUAUUCGGCCUCUGGAGCGAGCUGCACGUGUUAUGGGUGAACCGUCUCGGACAUUGCAUGAUGAUAUGGACAGAGCACUCAACGAUCCGUCAUUCUUUGAGAGCGGCGACGUUACGAUACGCUUAAAGGAUGCGAGAGUUCGUGCUCAUAAACAGGUUGUCUGCCAAAGAUGUCCUUUCUUCGACGCUCUGUUCCAUGGUCGGUCCGGCGGGAGAUGGCUCGAUUCAAGACGUCAGGACGAAGCUAUAACAAUUGACCUUCAGGAUAUGGAAUCAAACGUCUUCAAUUUUGUCCUUCGUCAUUUAUAUGCAGAUACAGAAGAGGAGCUGUUCGACGAUGUGCGAUACAGUAGCCUUGAUGAUUUCAUUGACUUGGUUCUCGAUGUAAUGUUCGCAGCCAAUGAGCUCAUGAUUGACCGGUUGGCUCAGGUUUGUCAGAAGAUGCUAGGCCGGUUUGUCGACACCCGCAAUGUUUGUCAACUGCUCAAUGCGGUUGCUCCGUGUACUGUAACAGAGUUUAAGGAGGCUGCUUUGGAGUAUAUGUGCCUGAAUUUGGAGACUUUGCUUGAGAAUAGGCUACUCGAUGACCUUGAGGAAGAUCUAAUGGACGAAUUAGACUUAAUCUGCCAGGAGAAUCAGCUUGCUCGAUAUCCUAUCUCUCGUGGACGUAACUCAGAGGAAGCGCUACUUGAAAAGUACCCUGAGUUAGUCACCGGUCUUGAAAUAGAUAGGCAGAGGAGAGUUGAUUCAAUGCGGCUAAGCUCGCGUCGUGAUCAAGACGAACUAUUCGAUGAAAGGAUCCGAGCAAAUGUGAGUGACAAAGGUACACCGUCACCAUACGUUCGAAAAAUGAAGGCUGCUCAAAGUGGUGAGCCCAGGCUGUCUGCAGGAAGCCCGACACUGAAGGCUCGACAAUCUAUGAACGAUCUCAUGUUUCAAAUGGAUGACGAAUCCGCAGUGUCACCGACUCCAAUGCGUAGGGGAAAAACUCCCAUGGCUAGUCCGCUAAUAGCAGAAGAUCUGGACGAUCUCUCACAACCACCAGCUCUGUCUCUUUCUUACGGCCAAGGAGAUUCUUUAGGCGAUGCGAGCUACUUGGAAGCUAGAGUGGGAUCUAUUGAAACCGGUGCGGCUGGCAUUUCAAAUGUGUCCACUACACCGACAAUUCAGCCGAACCCCCCUGCUGCGACUUCAAAGGGAGCACCAUGGGUAUCGGCUGAUAUAUCUGGUGAUAAGAGAAACCUCAAAGACAUUAUGGCUGAGACCUCCACGUCACGCGUUUCCAAUCUUACCCUUGGUAUGACAGAUCGGUCAAACACUCAGUCUGGUGGUACUUUCACUCAGAAGAUGUCACAAAAAGAACGCAAAAGACUCCAGCAAAUACAAGCCCAGGAAGCUCUGGCUGCGCAACAAAAGGCCGCAGUUGAAUCUCGACAGUCACCUUGGCAGACUGUCAGCAAAAAGCCCACUCCAAGCUCUCUUACUGGAGAUGAUAGCGCGAAUCAGUUCAAGACUGUUCAGAAGCCUGCCAUGACCCUUCGACAAACAGUGGCUGGAAGUCCAUCGAUUCGUCCGACUUCAAACCCUGGACUGUCACCAAGUGGUCAAGGACGGGGUCUCUCGCAGCCUCUUCUAGGUCCUUCCACAAAUGCAAAGCCCAUACCAGCAAGGACCAACCCGGUUGCUUUAAAGACGAGACCGUCACCUAGCUUGUCUCCUCUCUCCACGCCACAACCGAUUAUACAGUCGAUUCGUCACACUCCUCGUCCUGAACGGUCUCUUCCUGGCCCUUCAGGUCAAACUUCUCUGGCUUCGAUUCUCCUUCAACAGCAAGCAGAGAAGGAUGAAAUUCGUGAAGCAGCGUCCGCUAAGCACAAUUUACAGGACAUUCAAGCAGAACAAGAGUUUCAAGAGUGGUGGGACAAGGAAAGCAAGCGUGUUAUGGAAGCUGAAGCUGCGGCUGCGGCUGCGGCUGCUUCUCAGACGUCGAGAAACCGGAAUGGUCGACGUAAAAAUAGAGGGCAACAGUCACAACAGCAUCAACAGCGACAAGGAGGGAAUAAACCUCAACAACGAGAGAAAGCAGACAUGUCGAACGAAGCUCCUCGUUCUCAGGGGAAACGUCCUACUCAUCAUCGACCUCCCAAGAACCCACAGCCACCAGCUGGCCCUGGUAACAGCCGUUCCGAAAGCAUCCAUAGUCGUGGAAAUGGUAGAGGUGGAGGGGGUCGACUGGAAGGCGUGAUUGAUGGUGUGGGUGGCAUGGGAGAUGUUGAGCUGGGUACUGAUGGUGGAGGUGUAGGAGGAGGUGGACGGUCUGGCGAUAUUGAGCUGGGUUCUGGUCGUGAAGAUGGUGGAGAACGAUCUGGAGACCUGAUCGAUGGUAAUGACCCGGGAGACAUGACCUGGAUGCUGAUCGUGAAGACAGCAGAGGCAGACCUGGAGUUGUGA